AUGCACACUGGAAUGGUGGCAGGUCAAGAGACAUCAGCACUAACACGAAGAAGUGACAGCUCACAGCCUUCGACAGAGAUCUCCAGCAAUUAUGAGAAGCCAAUAGUACGGGAAGAAACCCAGCAACAGGCAUCGGUCAAUGUCGAGAAAAUGGCAUCGAAAAUGGCAUCGUCUUUACCGCCAAUGCUUGCAAACAAAGCGUCUCAAGUCACAAUUAUGCAUCCACAGGGAGAAUCAGAGAAGGGUGAAGAAAUAAGAGAGCUAGUGGCUACGAUGCGCAUGCCGCAAGCCACCCUUCCCAAGUUUAAAGGACAAGGGCGGGCGGAGUUUUGGACCUUUAUGCAUGCCUUCCAUCGAUACAUGACAAAUGCGGCCGUGCCAGAGAAGUACAAGUACCAACUGCUCAUGGAUGUUUGUGAAGGAGAAGAGUUACAUCAAGCAAUCAUGGGAUACGACUAUCUAGAGCCAGACAGAGCCUACAACAAGGCAAUCAAGAUCCUUGAGGCAAGGUUUGGAGAUAAGUAUGCAUAUGCGGACCAGGUGGUAAAAAGGCUCAUAGACGCUCGCUCAGUGGGGGCGUUCGACGACGAAGGGCUGCGAAAACUGGCAUCUCAGCUAUGGGGUGCAGUAAGCCAUCUGGAGAAUCUGAACUUGAUGUCUGAACUUGAAACAAGGCAGACCUUCAGAACGCUGGUGAUUAAGCUUCCCCCCAAAUUGAGGGGACGCUGUGUGGAUGAUGUACGAAAUUAUCAGAAGUCGACAGGACACAGAACAGGGCUGGUGAAGUGGUUAGCGCUAUAUUUGGAGGAGAAAGCGGUGACGAUGGAUGACAUGGCUCUGCUAUCAAGCGAGGACAGUCAAGAAGGAAGUAAGAAAAGACCAGAAGGAUCAUCGUCAAGCAAACGUGCCGUGGGCCUAGUGACUAUCAGUGAAGCGAAAGGCAAUGGAAAAGGCUCGUGCCCAGUGUGUUCCAGAGCACAUGGAUUAGCAGGGUGCGACGAAUUCCGGAGCAUGUCAGUGAGGGAGAGGUUAGAGAGGGUAAAAAGAUUACGUUGCUGUUUCUUGUGUCUGAAAGUGGGCCACCUUGUUGCUGAGUGUUGGUCACGCUUCAGGUGUGGCACUGAUGGAUGCAAAGAGAAGCAUUCUAGGCUGUUGCAUCAAGAACGAAGGGAGGCACUUACUGCAAGUAUGUCAAACACACGCAAGGGUGGCGUAAAGCGAAAUUUUCAAGGUCUCGUGAAACAGGAGUCAGUGGCAGGCACCUCUGAUGGUGGCAUGGCCCAGAAAGCCAACGACAGUUCGUACAUGGCCGGAAAAAUAGGCCAUGUCUAUGCUACAGGGACAAAGGACGCCCAUGAAAACCCAUACAGCUGCGAAAGCGACAUCUGA